UAUUCAUACAUAAUCCAUGAAAAUCCCAGAGGCUUUAUGGUAGUUGAAGAAAAAAAAAAAAACCUUAUAAAUGCUUAGCACUCAGUGGGUAUAACCUGGAGUUUGGGGGUGGAUUGAUGAAGUGAGCAAUGGUGGUACUGACUCUGAUGCUGAGCGCAGAGCUGCUGCUUCUUUCCCUCUUAACCACCAAAGGAGAAAGUCCUGUGUGUCAAACAUAUAGGACUGAAGAAGUGUCCCAGUUUUCUAAGGAUGGGGACAUUAUUUUUGGAGGCAUUUUCUCCUUCCACCAGCAUCCAGUUAGCAUUAAUCCAGAUCUACAAGAGGAUCCAGGAACAAUCCAGUGUGAAGGACUGGACCCAGGAGAGCUGCAGUAUGCUUUCACCAUGAUGUUCGCAAUCGAAGAGAUCAACAACAGCUCCGAGCUGCUGCCGGGUGUCACGCUGGGCUACAGGAUCUUUGACUCCUGUCCCAGCAUCCCCCUGUCCAUCAGAGCAUCCCUCAACCUGAUGAAUAAGUAUAGUGAGAAUGAGAAUAAGGGGGAGAGCUGUCACAAACCCUCCAGUGUGCACGCUGUCAUCGGGGAGACCACUUCAACCUCCACCAUCGGUAUAGCACGCACCAUGGGACCGUUCCAUAUUCCUGUGAUCAGUCACUCUGCGACGUGUGCAUGUCUCAGUAACAGGAGAGAGUUUCCCUCGUUCUUCAGAACCAUACCCAGUGACAUUUACCAGAGCAGAGCUUUGGCAAAGUUAGUAAAACACUUCGGCUGGACCUGGGUCGGUGCCAUCAGGACCAACAGUGACUACGGCAACGGUGGCAUGGCCACCUUCCUGAAAGCAGCUGAAAAGGAAGGUGUGUGCGUUGAGUACUCUGUGGCUAUUUACCGGACAGAUCCACGGAAGUUGUUUUUGGAGGUGGUGGACAUCAUAAAGAAAUCCACCUCCAAGGUUAUUGUGGCGUUUGCAGAUGGCACUGACCUGGACAUACUGAUCAAAGAGCUGCACGCACAGAAUGUGACAGGCCUGCAGUGGGUGGGCAGCGAGGGCUGGAUCACUUACCGUUACAUCGCCUCUGCUGUCAACUAUGCUGUGGUGCAAGGGGCAGUGGGCUUUGCCGCGCUCAACGCUCACAUCCCUGGACUGCAGGAAUUCCUGGUGAACAGCAGACCCUCGACCGCACCAGGGAACCAAGGCCUGCUGGAGCUGUGGGAGAACGUGUUCGGCUGCAGCCUCAGAUCUCCUCCGAAAACCCCAGGUUCUCUGGGCCUGUGCUCUGGGCUGGAGUCUCUGAGGGACACCGACACCCGCUUCACUGAUGUCUCAGAUGCCAGUCUGUUGAAUAACGUGUACAAGGCUACGUACGCUGUGGCUCACGCUGUGCACAUGCUGUUGAUGUGUGAAGAGGGAAAAGGGCCUUUUGAGAACAACACGUGUGCGGACAAAGAAAAUGUACAGCCGUGGCAGGUGCUGCAUUACCUAACCAAGGUCAAUUUCACCACAAAAGUUGGUGACAAUGUUUUCUUUGACGACUUUGGAGACCCUGUGGCUCGUUAUGCUCUGGUAAACUGGCAAAUGGACGAAAAUGGUUACAUAGUAUUUCAAACCAUUGGUUACUAUGAUGCGUCUCAAUCUGAGGGAGAGCAGUUUGAGAUGAAAAGAGACGUCAGAGCCGUCUGGGCUGGACACAGUCUUCAGGUGAGUCGGGUUGUAUUGAAACAUCCCUACUUGGAACUGACUGAAAAUGCCUUAAAACAUAAUCGACCCGUAGUAAAGGCCAACAACUCAGAGCUGAGCUUCCUGCUGCUCUUCUCCCUGACUCUGUGUUUCCUGUGCUCUCUGACCUUCAUCGGCCGACCGUCUCACUGGUCCUGCAUGCUGCGACACACGGCCUUUGGCAUCACCUUUGUUCUCUGCAUCUCCUGCGUCCUGGGGAAAACCAUCGUGGUGCUGAUGGCUUUUAGGGCCACACUUCCAGGCAGUAAUGUCAUGAAAUGGUUUGGACCAGUUCAACAGAGACUCAGUGUUCUGGCUUUUACUCUCAUACAGGUUUUAAUCUGCGUUCUGUGGCUCACCAUCAACCCUCCGUUUCCCUUCAAGAACAUGGAACACUACAAGGAGAAGAUCAUUCUGGAAUGUGCUCUGGGUUCCCCCGUGGGCUUCUGGGCUGUGUUAGGAUACAUCGGACUCUUGGCCAUGUUGUGUUUUGUACUUGCAUUUUUAGGCAGAAAUCUACCAGAUAAUUUCAACGAGGCCAAAUUCAUCACCUUCAGUAUGUUGAUCUUCUGUGCAGUGUGGAUCACCUUCAUCCCAGCAUACGUCAGCUCUCCGGGGAAGUUCACCGUGGCUGUGGAGAUCUUUGCCAUUUUAGCCUCCAGUUAUGGACUCUUAUUCUGCAUUUUUAUCCCCAAGUGCUACAUCAUCUUGAUGAAACCCGAAAACAAUACAAAAAAGCAUUUGAUGGGGAAAAUAAUGUCAAGAGGCCUUUGAUAAAAAUGCGUUUAACUAGAACUAGAAUGUGUAUAAUGUUACUAAGAUACAUUUCACAGUUUCAGAUAAUACAUUUAAAUGAAUGCAAGUGAACCACAAAAAAAAAUCAUAUUGUGUUUAAAUGCCUUAAAUGAAUUUAAUUGUACUACU